AUGAGUGGGACACCAAUGGAUUCACAACCUGGAACACCAGUGGCAGCACGUACACCAAGACACCAUGGCUUUUCUUCGUCUCUUGCACCUUCCUCGCCAGCACCAUUUCACUCGUCUGUAGCACAAACACCAGGAUCACCAUCAGUCAAUUGUUCUCGUUUUCGUCGAUCUGAAUUCUCUUCUUCUCUUUUGGGUGACGAUGUGAACUCGCCUCUUCUUUAUCCAGAGACACCUACUCGACAAGUCGAUGGUGGCAUUGGAUCGCCUUUCUCGCCUCGUACACCUCGUACGGCUACAUUUGUUCGUACUCCCAUGUUCAACGGCCAUGCAACAAGCCCAAUGACCCCUAUGCGUCCCCACCAACCUGCUACCAAUUCGUCACUUGGCAUUGAGAACACGGCUGCUGAUACGCAAGAAACUGAUCCAUCCCUCGCUGUGCGUCUUAUUUGGGGUACAACUGUCAACAUCCAUGAAGCCAUGAACUCCUUCCGUGGCUUCUUGACCCAUUUCAAACUCGCCGAUCGCAAAAUCAGAUAUAAUCAGCCUAUUACUGCAAGCGACAAUGAACCCUUUUAUCCAAAAUUGUUACGCAAGAUUCAUGAUGAUGGCAAAGGAGCUGUUAAUUUGGAUUGUCGCAACUUGCUUGCUUAUCGUGGCACCCACAAGCUUUACGACCAACUUGUCAAGUACCCUCAAGAAAUCAUUCCUUUGAUGGAUCACACCAUUCGUACCUUCUAUGCUGAUUUGUAUCAUGUGCAAGAUGAGGUCUACGAGCAACUCAAAAUCCGUCCUUUCAAUCUUGAAUCAAAUGUCAACAUGCGAGAAUUGGAUCCUCAAAAUGUCGAUCAGCUUGUCACUAUCAAGGGUUUGAUGAUUCGUACCUCGCCUGUGAUCCCUGACAUGAAAGAAGCUUUCUUCCGUUGCUUGCAAUGUGAACAAACGAUGACUGUUCAAGUGGAUCGUGGAAGAAUUAUGGAACCCACACGCUGCCCUCGUGAAAACUGUGGCGCUGAUAACACCAUGUCGUUGGUUCACAAUCGCUGUGUCUUUGCCGAUAAGCAAGUAUGUCGAUUGCAGGAAACUCCAGAUGUUGUGCCUGAUGGUCAGACCCCUCAAACCGUGACUUUGUGUCUUUAUGAAGAUUUGGUGGAUGUUGCCAAGCCUGGUGACCGAUUAGAGAUUACUGGUAUCUUUAGAGGUGUCCCAGUUCGUGUCAACCCACGCCAAAGAACCAUUCGUGCACUUUUCAGAACAUACCUGGAUGUCGUUCAUGUCAAGCGUGCUGAUAAUAAGCGUAUGCAAGUGGAGCGAUCAUUGCGUACUGAACACCAACCUGAUGAGUACAAUGAGACCGAUGAAAUCGAAGCAGUGACCAUCAAUGAAGAGAACGAAGUUCGAGAAAUCUCUCAAAUGGAUAACCUAUAUGACACACUUGCACGUUCUCUUGCCCCAAGCAUUUAUGAAUUGGAUGAUGUCAAGAAGGGUAUCUUGUUGCAACUCUUUGGUGGUACGCAAAAGGUGUUCAAAAAGUCCGGCUCCCCUCGAUUCAGAGGCGAAAUCAAUGUUCUUUUGGUUGGUGAUCCUGGUACCAGUAAAUCGCAAUUGUUGCAAUACGUACACAAGAUUGCACCCCGUGGUGUCUACACAUCUGGCAAAGGUUCAUCUGCUGUCGGUUUGACUGCAUACAUUACACGUGAUCCUGACACACGACAGCUGGUUCUGGAAAGUGGUGCCCUUGUUUUGAGUGAUGGUGGUGUGUGCUGCAUUGAUGAAUUUGACAAGAUGUCGGAUGCUACCCGAUCCGUGUUACACGAAGUUAUGGAACAACAAACCAUCUCUGUUGCAAAGGCCGGUAUUAUCACUACGCUCAAUGCUCGUACAUCUAUUUGUGCUUGUGCCAAUCCUAUUGGUUCACGGUGGAAUAAGAAUUUGUCAGUACCCAAGAACGUUGAUCUUCCACCACCAUUGCUUUCCAGAUUCGAUUUGCUUUAUCUCAUUCUUGAUCGUGUGGAUGAAGAUGCUGAUAGACAACUUGCACGCCAUUUGGUUGCUCUUUAUAUGGAAGAUCAGGUCGCAACGGCUGGUAUUGAUGUAUUGUCGGUGGAACGAUUGACUCGAUAUAUCAACUAUGCUCGUGAACGCAUUCAACCUGUUCUCAGUGAAGAAGCUGGUCAACGUUUGGUCGAUUUGUAUGUUGAACUUCGUAAGCAAGGUCAAGAUCGUGGUAGCAGCAGCAACCGUGUUACCGCCACUACGCGUCAACUUGAAUCCAUGAUCCGUAUGUCCGAAGCACACGCUCGUAUGAGACUUUCUCAAACGGUAGAAGUAUCGGAUGUGGAGGAAGCAGCACGUUUGCUGAAAUCGGCUAUCAAGGAUUACGCCACCGAUCCCAAGACUGGUAGAAUCGAUAUGGAUCUCAUUCUUAUGGGUACUGGUGCCCACGAACGUCAUAUGCAGGAUGAUUUGGAACGUGAAGUGCGGAAUCUUAUCAACAACCAGGAAACCAACAAUAUCGAAUGGAACCGAUUGUUUACUUCUAUCAAUUCCCAGAGUACAGUGGCUGUUGAAAACCGCGCCUUUGAGGAUGCUGUACGUUCUUUGGAGCGACAAGGUGAAGUCAAGAUCACUGGAGAGGGACGUAGACGUAUCAUUGUGCGUCUCAAUCCUCAAAAUGAUGGCGUAUAA